UGUAACUUACGGAGGAGAAAACGGCUACAGCACAGUCUCCGCGUCAGUUGAUGAGCUAAUAGUAACAACACUGUUAAACGGCUGACGGUUCGCUUCUGUUUUUAGCAUUACGAACCGUUGGAAGUUAUCAAUAAUGUAUUUCGGACCGUUGUUUACACUCUGAAGCCUCUCUCCGUAGCGCUGAUAAUGAUGAAAAUGAAGCUACCGAUGAAAACGGGCGAGAAAGGGGGCGACGGAACGGCCGAGGACGAGUCACUGGAACAGCCGGAGCACCAGCAACAUAUUCCCACGGCGGUAUCUCCUUCCUCGGGGCUCGACAGGUUGGAGGAUUCGACCAAACCUUUCGCUUGCCCAUCGCAGCUGGACAAGGAGACCGUUUUUGAAUGGUUUGGCCUACAUCUAAACCCUGCUAGGCGGAUCGAGUUCAUGUGCGGACUGCUGCAUAUGUGCCAACCCCUGGAGCUCCGUUUUCUGGGAUCUUACUUGGAGGAUCUCGCAAGGAAAGAUUACCAUGUUUUACGGGACUUCGAGUUCAGAGCGAACAGCCCGAGCGAUUUGGGCGUUUUGACGGACGUGGUCGACCCGGUGAUCAGAUCCAAACUCCUGGUCUGCCUGUCUCUCCUCGGGUCUGAUAGCAGGGAAUGUGCUGGAAUACUCUUUCGGAUACUGAGCCAUGUAGACCCGGCCUUGUUCUACAAAACCUACGACUACUCCCUGCCUCCGUUCAGGGACUCUCGCCUCCACCCGCUCCAUCCACCGCCUCAGGACGGGAAUGUGUACGGGCGACCAGAGCAGACCUGCGGCUUCUCCGGCAACGAGACGGCCACAGCACCUCUGGAGCAGUUGGCGCUGCUUUUCACCAUGGCUUCUUUACACCCAGCUUUCCAUUUCCACCAACGAGAGGUCGUCCGAGGACAACUCGAUAAAAUAGAGCUUGCCAUAGAAGAGGAGAACGGCCAGAGGCAGCUUAGAAGAAACGCCCAGGCAACGGAGCUCAUGGGUCAGAAGACGGAUUACCUGUCCUCCCCAGCGCUUGGUUUGGGAGAAUGUUCAGUCUCUCAUCAACCUUGCCAGAAUCGACGAUCCAGCCGCUGGGCACCACAAAGAGAAGCGGUUCAUAUAGAGGGAAUUGCGCUCAGGGGCAUCACUCGGACCAGAAUAGACAAGGAAUACAACUUUGAGGUGAAGUGGUCGGACGACUCCUCCAGCACUGUGACCAAAACCCAUUUGGAAUUGGAAAACUUCCUUCUUAAGCUUCCUAAGGAUCAGUGCACCGAGUCUUUUGAGAAGAGCAUCCUUACUCUUCUGAACCAGGGGGACCACUGCGAGACCAGGGAGAUGGAGAAGAACCUCAGGGAAAGGUUCCUGUCUGCUCCUCCACUUUUCAGACAGACCAGAAAUGCAUGCAUCUUCUUCAACUCUGACUCCAGUUAUUCUACUAGACCUACUUGCUGCAGAUGUAACUGCCAGGCUGGGAAGGCCUACCAAGGAGACUGCUCUGACGCCUCCAGUCAGGAGGAAGAUUUAGACUUGCACGUUCAGGGACACAAGAAGAAGCACGGAUCCAAGAGUCCAUGUUUGCCUCUAUCCAGUACCAAAGGCUCCCAGGCGGACACGCGGAGAGGAGGACACCCUGCAGAGCUCAACGGCCCGUCAGAGAGGAGAAAGAAGAGCUGUACGCUGAGGUGCAGCCAGGAGGCUGAACAGCACCAGGACGCAGAGAAAAGAAACCACCCAGUGACUAAAACCAAGAGCAGAGUCCCACCUGCAGACAGGGACAAGGGGAAGGCGAGAGGUAAAGGAGCUGCUUUUGUGACCAAUGGUAGUUUGGUACCAGCCCUGUCAUCUCAGAGGAAAGAUGUGGGUCCUGGUGACAUCUUUGGUGAAACGUCAUCAGAAAGCUACAGCUCUCCAUCCAGCCCUCAACACAGAGGACCAGGAAGUCUGGACAGUGAGGACGACCACAACAAAGAUACAGACAGCCACUCUGAUGACUGCAAUGCAGGUCCAGGCCCUGACAUGUUCUUCACCCAGCAUACUGAUCCGGCUGUGGUAGGAGACAUCUCCACUGUCCAUCCUCUGUCUUCCAGCAGUCAUCAAGCCCAGAUGGAGCCUCUCUGCCCAGAGACCGGUGCAGAGUUCCCCCCUCUCUCGUUCAUGCAUUCUCUGCCCUUUGUGCUGCCUAACGGGGCUACAGACUCUGGGCUUCCUCUGGUUUCUCCUCCCAGCCAAAACAUUGUUCCGGAUGGGAAGCCCUCGUCUGGGACACUGAUGAUGCAGAUGCCCCUAGUGCCUCCAGCUGGAAUUGUGGGAGACCCAGAGAAGAGGGAUGUGCUCCCAACCUUUGGGAUUCCCCCUCUUGGCCUCCACCCUCCAGGAACGCCUGCUGUGCAGCCUCUGGUUCAGAGGUUCCAAACAGCUUUGUCUCUGAGCCCGGGUGGAGGUGAGGGAGCUCCGGGUAGUGGCUCUACUUCAUCAGCUGCGCUGGUUUCACAACAGGGUCCUGGGAGAGCCAUGAGUGUCAUGUCCCCCGGCCCCACAUCCUUUUCUUCUUCUCUUCUGCCCUGCCAGGACCCAGCUAGUAUCUGCUCUGGCCUGACUUCUGCUCUGCCGCAUGUGGAAACGUCACAUACCAAGCACCCUGGUCUAACCUUACCGUCUGGCAUGCCUUCUCCCUAUGCUCUGCCCCCUAUGGCCCCUGUACCCACCUCUGUCAUGCCUACUGCAGGAGCAACAGUAGCCACUGGAAUAGCUCCAUCUCCUGGACACUUACAAACAGCUGUUCCUCCAGCUGUGCCCACACACACUCCUGGACCUGCCCCCAGUCCCAGCCCAGCACUUACUCACAGCACGGCACACAGCGACUCUACGUCCUACAGCAACAGCAGCACUUCCUGUGGAAGUGCCCCUGUUGCCCAUGGAAACGCCAUUACCCUUCAGCAAACCCAGCAGCAGCAAGUACCCCCUCAGCAGCCAACACCACCCCAGCAGCAACAGCCACCAAUGGGUUGUGGGACCUGUGGCUGUCACAACAACUGUGGCGGCCGAGGCACCAACAACAGCGCAAGUGGUGCCUCUGGCUGCCAGACGCCCUUAUUCUUCCCCGCCCACCAGAUGGCGGCAGCAGCACGCCACAUGUUCAACGUUCCUCCACCUGUCUUCCAGCUCGCAAGCCUGUGCAGUAGCAGCUACCUCACCCAGGCCCACCCCCCUCACCAGGCCAACGGCACUGCCACCCUGCCGCCCUUCUUCCCCACCGGUCCGCCCCCCGCACACCCACCGUCCUACCUGCACACUCACUCUCACAGCCACGCUGAGGUGUCAUCACACAUGCUCGGCACCCAGGCAGCAGCAGUGGCAGCCGCCGCCGCAAACUACAGCCUCCAGCAGCAGAUGGCGCCGGGGGCAACAUACUGCCAGCGCGUCUACCAGCACAUUUACCCAAAUCCUCUGGGGAUGCUGCCGGCUGCUGCUUUGGGAGGAGGCGGAGUCAACAAGAACAACGGCACCGUGUCCUGUUAUAAUUGUGGUGUGAGUGGUCACUACUCACAGGACUGCAACCAGCCCUCCAUAGACUCCACACAACAAGCUCCCAGUCAGCAAGUAGCAACUACAGACUCAGGUACGUUCGGUCUACGGAUACACCUAAACACCAACACCACACCUACGACUGUAUGCCAUCCUCCCAUGUUGUCUGCAAGUCUACAAGUAAUUGAAAAGAGGAGAAAGAAAAAGUCUCAGCACAACUUAGUCCAAGGAAAAUUGGUAACAAAUCCACGCAUGCACCAAGAUAUAGCCCCAAGUUUCAGCCACGUUCCUCGUCAGAUCUAUGGAGAGAAAAGUGAGCUGUUCUGUGGCAGUUGGCGAAGACACGGCGAAAUCGCUGGCCCAACAACUACAAAAAAUCUACAAAAAAGGUUGGAGGGCUUAAACGUAUCAUGCAGCAGCUUUAUUAAAUGCUAAACGUUAAAGAGAAGCAUUCAACCACACAGUUAGGUAAUAUCCAUAGAUCUGACGUUCAGCUGGUCCACACCUUCCACUUCCAUAAUGAGAUUUGACACUAAAGGUGACGCUGGUGACAGCCUUGUUUUUAUGUGUAGAAACAUCUAAUUGGUCAGUCACAGUUUGGGGUGAGGUUGCUUCUAUUGUUCAAGGUGUCUUUUUCUCUUCUACUUCUCUUCUAUGUGGUGGGAAUGCACAUGAACAGUGAGGUAACUUUCUAGGAUACGAUGUGCAAAAAAGACAUUACUAAGCUUUACUCCCAUGAAUAAUUCUACAACCAUCCACCGAUCUUAGAUCCUCUGUGUGUUUUGUAUGUAUCUCUGUUCAUGGGUGUGUGUCUCUGAUACAGGUGGCUUCCGGUUAAAGUAUGCAGCUGAGGCUCUUGACAACGCAGACUGAAGAAGAAGAAAGAGGACGAAGAGGAGUUCCUCUGGCCUUGUUUCCACAGUGAUGGUCCUCUGUUCUUCCCCAGGCACUGUGAGUGGUGCACUGAAGAGAAAAGAAAACCUUCUCAAAAAGAAAGAGUGACCUGCCAAGGGCUCAGUGGACAAAAAGCCUACGAACUUGUGCCUGAAAAAAAAAAAGAAAAGAAUAAAUCUGGUUCCUGUGGGGAUGAUUCAGUCCAUGUGACUCCCAGUCCCUUCCCUUCCAGUUAGUUUUUGAUAUUUUUGCACUGAACAUUGGAGACAAUUAACUUAUUAAUUAAUUAUUAGGAAGUGAAGAGAUUUGGUGGAUUUCUUUUUUUUUUUCCAUUUAGUUUUUACAUGAACGUGGAGAUUUUAGAGUCCACUGAAGAAGGUUCUUACACACUUAUUUCUGGAGCAGCAGAUUGAUGUUUGUUUUUUUCCUCAUGAUUACUGUUCACUUUGGAUUUUAACAUCUGACAGAACUGUGCAGCAGUUUUCAAAGAUUAAGAAAUUCAAAAAAAAAAAAAAAAAGCAAUGUAAGCAAAAUAAAUUUUGUUUUUCAGUUUUGCUGUAAGGUUGAAUGUACACCUUCUCAUUUCAAAGUGAGCGGUCUGAUUGUAUCACAGUGUUUGGAUCUCACGUGUUCUUUGCCACUUGACGUGUGUUUGGUUGAAAGGUGAUUUGCUGCUUCUUACAUUUCUUUUAUUAUUUCCCAUUUUAAGGCAUUUUGCUCAGUGAAAUGAAGUAGAGUGAAGCAGGAGAAUUUAUCAGUGGGAGCCAAGUUGAUGUAAGAAUUUAUGUUUUCACUUGAGAUCAACAUGAAAUGAUGAACAAUCAA